UUAAUCAGCGUAUGUUGUAUUUGAAUAUGUUUGUAGUAUAAACUUUUGCGGUAUUUAACUAAGAGCUGCGAAAAUCUACAUUUAGUCGACGCUUAGCGGUCGUGGGUGUAAGAUGUCAGUUCUUAUCAACGCCGACUUUGGACAAGCGCGAACGGAAGGCUCAAAGAAACAAUACUUUUGAAUUUAUGUUGAUAUUUCGUGAUGGACAAUAGACCAGUUAGUUUAUUUUUAAAAAAAUUUGAAGAAAACGCAAGAAAAGUAUUUCCAUUCUUGCCUGAAGAUAAUGGAGAUAAUCGUUCACCUAAAGAAAAUAUUCCGGUCAAAAUUAAAGAAGAAACUCGUGAUGAAAUUCAGGAAUAUGCAGCAACCGCAAUGAGUGAGUUAUUAGGAUGGUAUGGCUAUGAUAAAGUAGAUAGUGGUUGUACAAAAAACUUAAAUCUGGAUCAUUUUACAUCUAUAUCUGAUACAAAUACAAAAAAUCAAGCACUUCAAAUUAAUCAAGAUAUUGUUUCAAGGCAACUAAUAUUAAAAUCUCCAAUAAUGAAUACAUCUAAUUCAGCUUUUGAAAUUUCUAAUAUACCAUUGUCUUACUCCAAUAAUAAUUUAAUGUCGAUGAAUAGACAACUCAUAUCUCCCUUACCAUUAAAAUCAGUAUCUUUUGGUACUACAUCUACAUUUCCAUAUAAAACUUAUCCAAAUUCUAUUUAUUCAGAUAAUAUAUCUUGUUCUUGGUGUGGUAAAAUUAUUCAAACACUUGAGUCGGGAAGAUCUAAUUCUCUUUCUUAUAAUAUGAAUGCUUUGGGAUACUUUUGUAGUGAAGCCUGUUUUGCAGAUAGUCGAAGAACAGUUUUUAAACAAACAAAAACAUGCGAUUGGUGCAGUCAUGUACGGAAUCCAAUUAGUUAUGUUGAUCUUCAAGAUGGCGAAAAUCAACUUCAAUUUUGUAGUAAUAAAUGUUUAAAUCAAUACAAAAUCAAUAUUUUCUGUCAUGAAACACAAACUCAUUUAAUGCUUCAAGAUUUAAAUAAUGUUUCUUUUAAUGAUACAGAAAAAAGUUGUUUAAUAACACCAGAAUUAUGGUUUCGAAGUUGUCAAUCACCAUUAAAUAAUCCUGCAGAAAAUACGUAUUUAGUUGAUACACACUUAACUCAUAAUUUAUCAUCACCUCUUUGUGAUAACAGAUCAAUAGAAACAGAACAAAUUGAUAGCGAGAUAUCAGUAGAACUUCAUCAAAAAGAAUCUAGAAAAAAGGAUUCAGUAUGUUUAAAAAAUACAAAAUCUAAUAAUUGCAGUGACUACAAAAAAAACUUUUAUACAGAGAGUAACAAAUAUAAUAAAGAGCAAACUUUAGCAAAUGAGAAAAGCAAAUGCUGCCAUUCCAUAAUUAAUCAAACUAAUUGUAAAGUGAACUAUUUAGAAAACAAUGAUUCUACAGAGAAGUAUAUGAUGGACAACAUAAAUCAUAUUUCACAUCAAAAUAGUAAUACAUUUUUAGGAAGGAACAUACAUGUAAAAAACAUAAAAAAUUUACAAGACAAGGAACAUGACAGCCCAUCAGAAAAUAUGUUACAAUCAUCGUCUUGGUUUACAGAUUCAACUAGAUCUUUAAUGCAUCAUGAAAUUCCAUCUUUAUCUAAGUCUUGUAUAAAUGAAUCUAAUCAAACAAAAUGUCAGAAUCAAACUAACAUAUUUUCAUCAACUAAAUCCAAUCCAAUUGAAUUAUUUCAUUCAUUACCUACAACACUUUUGCCCCCCGUUACAGUUCUUGUACCAUAUCCUCUACCCAUACCUAUACCAAUCCCUAUACCUAUUCCAAUUCCUAUAUCAACAGCAAUUUUUAAUAAAUUAAUAACUAAUAAAGGAGAUUCCAUAAAUAUAAAAGAUUCAAAAUACAAAAAUGUGGAAUGUACGGAUUCAAUAAAAGAUAAAUAUUCUAUUUUUGAUAAAUCACAAAUUAAAAAAAUAAAUAUAUCAGCGACAGAAAACUUGCAAAAAGUAAAAUUAGAUAAGUUUAGUUUUUCAUCAUCAUCUUUGAAAAUUAAUAAUGAAAACGAUUAUGUUUCACAUCAAUCACAACAGAAUAAAAAGCUUUUAAGAAAAAGAAAACGCUCCAAUAAAAUCUUUAAUCAUGAACAUGAAAAAAUUCAGUUGAAAAAGAAAAAUAAUUUUAUAGCAACUUGAAAGACAACUUAUAAGAAAAUAUUUUUUAAUUAAAUGUAUAUAUUACAGAGAAUAUUUUUUAUUUGUAACUAAUAACUUUAAAAAGUAAAGUAAGUAAACAUUAAUAGACAAAAAUAAUCUUUUUUUCACUAAUUAUAGUAAUGCCACUAGAUGUAGUAAUUAAUAGUAAUUUUGAGUAAUAAGGAAUUUUUUAUCAUUCAUAGCUUCUAUCAAUAAUUUACUUAAUGAUUUAAUUAGAAGAAAAAAAGUAAUUAUUCUGCUUUUAUAGUAUUCAAAUACAUAUAAAUAUAUAAUUUCUUAACUUAAUUUCUUAGAAUUUGAUAGUAUGUGUUUUAAUGUUUUAAAUCAUUUUUUGAAACAAUUAUUUUUGUUAUAACAAAAGAAAUUUAUUUAUAAUUUAAAUAUAUUUUAGAAAAAUAUUUUAUAGUUGAUGUGUGUUUAUUAUAUAUUUUAGUUGAGAUAUACUAUCUUUUUUUAUAUCUUUGUACAAUAUUCACAUAAAUAAAAAAUAACUUACAAUAAAAAAA